CAUCGGACGAAGCUUCCUUUUGCACGCACAGCUCAACAAACAAACGACUACAUAUUGAAAGUGAUAAUCAACUCAAAUUCAAUCCCUUUACAAACCCUGUUGCCCUGUCCUUAUUCUUGAAUUGAAAUCUCUACCAAUUCUCUCAUCUUUGAAGCUAAGACAUAUUCUACUGGGAUAUAAAUAUAUAUUAUAGAUACAGCUUGUUAUUCAAUUAUUCAUACGUACUGUGUGUUUUUUGUGGAAAUAGAGAGAAAAAAAUGAUGGGAAAUGGGGAUCUGGAGAGAGGAACGACAACUAAGGGUAGAAAUCAGCGCUACCCACAAAGCUAUUAUGCAUCUGGAGGGACAUAUGAUGUGGGUUAUUCGGACAGCCAGUGGACUUCAUGGUUGGUGCCUAUGAUUGUUGUGGCGAAUGUUGCCAUGUUUGUGGUAAUCAUGCUUGUAAAUAAUUGUCCCAAGAAUCAUAAUGGGUAUCGAGGUGAUUGUGUGGCUAAGUUUCUAGGGAGACUUUCAUUUCAACCUCUUGGGGAAAAUCCUCUUUUUGGCCCUUCUUCGUCAACACUGGAAAAACUGGGAGCGCUAGAAUGGGAAAAAAUUGUUCACCAAAAUCAAGCAUGGCGGCUAAUAACUUGUAUCUGGCUGCAUGCUGGUGUUAUCCAUUUACUUGCUAACAUGCUGAGCCUCGUGUUUAUUGGAAUUCGCCUUGAGCAGCAAUUUGGAUUUGUACGUGUUGGUUUUAUCUACCUUCUGUCUGGAAUUGGUGGGAGCAUACUCUCUGCCCUUUUUAUUCAAAGAAGUAUAUCCGUUGGAGCUUCUGGUGCUCUAUUUGGACUUCUUGGUGCAAUGCUAUCCGAGUUACUCACCAACUGGACUAUUUAUACUAAUAAGGCGGCAGCUCUGAUUACUCUGGUGGUCAUUAUCGCAAUUAACUUGGCAGUCGGAAUUCUUCCACACGUUGACAACUUUGCUCAUAUUGGAGGAUUUUUGAGCGGUUUUCUCCUUGGCUUUUUAUUGCUGAUUCGACCCCAAUUCGGUUGGCUGGAACGUCGGAAUCUUCCUGCCGAUACUCGCCUCAAGUCCAAGUAUACAUUUUUCCAAUACGCUUUCUUGAUGGUUUCCGCAGUUUUAUUGAUCGUCGGGUUUACAGUAGGAUUGGUUAUGCUGUUUAGAGGAGAAAAUGCAAACAAACACUGUAGCUGGUGCCAUUAUCUAAGCUGUGUUCCUACAUCAAGAUGGAGCUGUAACAAUUGAUUGGAAAUCUCUACACCAUUUUUUGGGUCUUCAUUUUGUAUCAGAUUUUUUUUUUCCCUUUUAUCUUUCAGACAUUUUGCUUGUUCAUAUGAUAUAUAUAAGCCAUUCGUAUGCUUCUUAUGUACAUGCAUUGUAUCUAUAUUGGGACCUUUUAUAAAUUUGUUUGGAAAGUUACUUUG